CUGUGUGCAUCGUUUCGUCCAGAUUUUACAACGCCAACAUAAAAACCCAAAUAAUUUAACAAAAUACGAGUAAACCAAAGCCAAACUUGACUUGAAAUGGACGAAAUACGGAGCAGCAUGGACAAUAUAAUGGCGAUUUUCAACGACAGCAUAACUCACUCGGCGCCAAAGAAACUGGUCUUUAACCGGCUUUCGACUUCCUUUGGCGACGACUUUGUGGCUUCGCCCAAGAAGCGUCGCCUGGAGCAAGAAACGCCGGAUCGCAGUCUGAACACCAGUGCCGCGUCCCUCAAUGGUUCCUCCACCGAUCCCUUGAGUUCCUGGCAGACCCACAAAUUGCGCGCCGAGCUGGUCGAAACCAAGGCAAAAGUCAUCCAGCUGCGCAACGAAAUCGAUCAGCAGAAUCGGGAAUACCGGCAGGCCUUGAUGCUGGCCGAGAACAAGAGCGCCGCCCUGAAGGAUCAGUGUGAUUCCACCAGCAAGAGGUACUCGGAGCUGCAGAAGGAGCAGCUCACGCUGCGUAAGCGUGAAUUGGCCCUCAAGGAUGAGGCCAGACGGGCCACCUCCGAAUUGGCCCAACUGAAGUUGAAGUACGAAGAGGUCGUGGGCAACCUGCAGAAGGAGAAGUACCUGCAGCAGGAGGAUGCGCGCGAUGUCCAGUUGUGCAUCAACAACGAGCUCAGCGAGUAUCGCCGAAUGGCCCAGCGGACUGAUCUGGAACUGCAGUCGACCCGUACCGAACUGGAGCGCUUGCGCCGACGGUACGAGGAGUUCAAAGCCCGGGUUGCCGGACACGAGGAGCUGCGCGGCAACUACGAGAUGCAGACGCAAAGCCUAAGGGCGGCCAACGAUCGCAUAAAGGAACUGCAGUUCGAGAUUCAGUCGUACAACGACUGGAAGGAGAUGACCAAGGCCUCGCAGGCGCGUCUGGUCAGUUUGCCGGAUUUGCAGGCGGAAGUAGAGCGCCUGCGUAACCAUAACAAGCAUCUACACACUUUAAUAGGUGACAAACUGCUGCUGGAGGAGCAGGUGCACGACUACAAGACGCGAUUGGAUCGGGAGGAGGGUGCGCGUGCCGAGGCUGCUUCCCUCCAGGUGAAACUGACGCAUGUGGAGCAGGAGCUCAAGGAGUGGGUCAAGGUGGCCCAGGAUCACUGCCUGGCCAACACUCUGGUCAGCCCGAUGGCCCUGCGCUCGCGCAUCGAGCAACUGCUCCAGGAGGACAUCAUUCACGUGGCAGAGAAGACCUCGUCCCUCUCCGACAGCAAGCAUUUGCAGAACACGGUGCGUGAUUUGGAGGCAAAGUGCGCCAUCUACUUGAAGAACAUUGAGGAUCUGAACAUCGGACUGAAACGGCACAAGAACUUCAAGGAACGAUUGCAGCGCAAGCUGAUCACAGUGUCCAAGGAGCGAGACUUCUACAAGCAACUGGUGGAGAACUUCGACAAGGACAUGACCAUGAGCAACGCCAGUGUGGCGGACAUGACGCAGGACAUGCAGGUGCGUUACCGCGUGGAAGUGCUCGAACGCACCGUCACCGGCUACAAGGAGAUGUGUUCUACGUUGGAGCGUGAGAUUCAGGCCAUGCGAAAUCAGGAAGUACUGGCGGAACCCGUCGGCGAUGGCUACGAUAGCGUUAAAAAGGAACUGGACACACUGCGGCUGGAAAACGAUCGUCUGCGCCGGCGCAAAGAGGAACUGGAACUGGAGCUGAUGCAUCGCUGCCUGCGCGGUGACUUCAACAUGAAGGACUACAAGGUGGUGCAUCUGAAACAAAAUCCCGCUGCCGAAGCCUAUGAGUCCAGCAAGAACAUGAUGGAGAAGCUGCAGGCGGAGAUCGAACGACUGAAGCGGCGCAACAAGAAGUUGGAGGACGACCAGGAGCAGCGACUCAAUGAGACCACCAGCACGGGCGGCAUGACCCUGAACUUUAAGGAGUUCAACCAACUGCGUGCGGACUUGGAGUCGGCCAACGGCAAGAUGCGCAAGAUGAAGGAUUGCUUCAAGGCGGCCCGCGACGAGUACCGCGAUGUGUGCUACAUGCUUUUGGGCUACAGAAUCGAUCGCAUUGGCGCCAACAGCAAUUAUCGCAUUUCCAGCAUGUUUGCCGAGGGCCCGGAUGACUAUCUGGACAUCAGUCUCAACGAAUCGAGCUGUUUGGCUCUGCUGGAAUCGCCCUACUCGCAAACCUUCAAUCCGCCCAUUGAUCAACAGCUGGCCGCCAGUAACUUUCCCGCAUUCUUUUCCGCCCUUACUCUAGAACUUUUCCAAAGGGCCACUGUCACCAUAAACUAGAUCAUCAAAAUUGUAGAAAUAGCUUAGUUUAGCAACGGACAAAUGACUUUUUUUGUUAUUCACUAAUUGCUGCCCCUCUAAGUGUAUCCGUGUGCGAAAAUAUAAUAUUUGUAAACUUCAAUUUAACCACUAAAUAUGAGCCAAAUACAGAUUGAUUUAUUAAUAGAUAGAUAAUAAAUUAAAGUAAUGCACAAUA